AUGGCACCGUCUGCUGUGGCAACCGCCCCCAUCGGUGGCACCGAAGCAUCGAAGCUCACGACCAAGACGCAAGCAGCCAGCAUGCCCGCAGCAAAUCCAGGCGAUCCCCCAGUGAUGGACCUCUAUUCAGGCAGCGCCAGCAGCCUCAGCAGCACCUCGACUGACGACCAGCUGCGACGCGACAUUGUCUCAGGACUGCAGUCCACCCAGCUAGUCAUUCCGGGCAAAGAAAACAAUCCCGAGGAUCGACGUUUCGCUUAUCGCAAGAUUCUGCCGACCACCAUCUUGUACGAUGAACAAGGCCUCAUCCUCUACGACAAGCUGACCGCAGCACCCGAAUACUACCUCUACAACGCCGAGCUUCAGAUUCUCAAGGAUCACGGUCCUGAGAUCGCGCUGAGGAUCUUUGGCCAUCCCACGACGGCUGCAGAGGAGCAAUCCAACGGUGCAGCCGCACUUCCAAACGACAAGCCCCGAAAGCAUCAAGAGGCACCAAAGCAGAACUCCUUGCCACCACAGCGAGGCGAGGCCGCUUCCACAAAAGAGAGGUGGGGUGACAACGGCGUCGGCAGACAUAAUGGAGGUGUCAAUGCCGAAGAGGGUCUCGACGGUGACCGAGCCGUAGGAGCAGGAUCUCUUGUCGAACUAGGUGCUGGCUCUCUCAAAAAGACCAUCCACCUCCUCCGCGCGCUCAGGCUCCUUCCGGCGCUCUCCUCCGGCGGGCCAAGCGUCAAUUACUAUGCUCUGGAUCUCGACAAAGCUGAGCUGGAGCGCACCUUGCGCGAUCUGCGAGCCCAGGAAGCCACAUCUUCUGACCAGACUUCCUGGACCAUUCACGGAGGCAAGGUCGGUAUUAACGGCCUGUGGGCUACCUACGAUGCUGGUCUCGCAUACAUCGGCAACGAGGGGCUUCGAGCUGCCUCGACAGCAGCCGGGGCUCAGAAAGAAGGUCAAAGGUGUCUUCUCUGGCUGGGAUCGAGCAUCGGCAACUUUGAUCGAAAAGCGGCUGCUGAGUUCCUGGCCAAGACAGCACGCGAGAGCAUGCGCGCAGGUGACACCAUGCUCAUCUCGAUCGAUCGCCGCAACAAGCCAGCCGACGUCGCACUAGCCUACAACGACCCCGCCGGUCUGACGCGCGACUUUAUUAUGAAUGGUCUCGACCAUGCCGACCGGGUACUCGGUGGCAACGCGAUCGACAGCAGCAAGUUCGAGUACUUUGACCGCUACAACGCAAGGGAGGGCCGCCACGAGUCCUACUACCGCGCCAAGGUUGCGCACACCAUCGCCAUCGCAGGCUCGGGCGAAUGCAUCCCGAUCGAAGAGGGCGAGCUCAUUCACAUGGAAUCCAGCUACAAGUUUGGCGAGCGAGAAACGCUCAACCUGUUCGACUACGCCGGUCUUCGAGUUGUCCACCGUUGGAGCGACAAGACCGACAGAUACGGCGUCUGGCUCGUAGAGAAGCCCUGCUUCCAUUUUUCCAAUUCGUCGACCCUGCCAGCGUUGACGGAAGCCAAAACCCAGAGUGACACUCCUUUCAAGGUCGACAACGGCUGGGGUGGCACAGACCUCGACGAAGCGGCUCAGAAGGCUCCGCUGCUCGGCCUUCCCAGCCUCGACGACUGGAAGACGGUGUGGGACGCCUGGAAUUGUGUCACUUUGACCAUGAUUCCUCAGGAAAUGCUUCAUGAAAAGCCCAUCGACCUGCGUCACAUUUGCUUGUUCUACCUCGGUCACAUCCCUGCGUUCACCGACAUCCACAUCUCCAUGUACCUCAAGCAGCCGCACACCAACGAUCGCUUCUCUGCCAUCUUUGAACGAGGCAUCGACCCGCACAUGGACGACAUCACUCAGUGCAAUCCACACAGCGAAGUGCCCACCAAGCCCGAAGACUGGCCCACUCUGGAAGAGAUCCUCGCAUAUCAAGGGGCUGUUCAGGAUCGGAUCCGACGCAUCUAUGAGGAUGUAGCUCGAGGUGACCUCGUCAUGAAUCGUAGACUCGCGAGGAUGCUCUGGAUGACGCUCGAGCACGUCAACCUGCAUCUAGAGACUUUGCUCUACAUGCUGAUGCAGUCUCCCAAUACCAAGCCUCCAGCUGGUUUCAUGGCGCCCGACUGGCGAUCUCUCUCGCAGCGAUGGCAAGCCGAGCACGACAAGAUCAGUGGUAGCCUGGCGUUGGAGCAACGCUUCCACUUUGAAGCUUCAUCUGUCGAGCUUGGUCACGACGACGAUGACAGUCAGGAUUUUGACAUCGUCGCCACUCGUCCUACAAGUGACGUCGGCGAUCUCAACCUGCAGCUCGGCCAACCAGAAUUUGGCUGGGACAACGAGCACCCUCGACGAAGGGUGAAGACAAAGGCAUUCUCGAUCUCGGCACUGCCCAUCUCGAACGCUCAGUAUCGAGAGUUCCUCAGGGCUACCAACAGCACGGAUGCACCUGCUUCAUGGAUCAAGAACGACGCAGACGGCAGCUAUAACGUGCGUACGUUCUAUGGUCCCGUGGAUAUGACGACCGCCCAGCACUGGCCAGUUCAAGCUUCGGGUAAGCAGCUCGAAGCCUAUGCCUGCUGGAAAGGCGGUCGCCUCCCGUCCCACGCGGAACUUCGCAAGCUUAUGGAUGCUCCACCCGAGGCGCUGGUGCUUGAUCUCACGGUGCCUCCCUUCGACCGAGACUCCGCCAACGCAGAACCUCAGACCAGCGACAUCGACCCUCCCGGCAAGCAGGCUCCGCCCAUUCGUGGCUCGGCUGUCCGCUACGUGCCUCGUCAAGAGCAGUCGGAGGAAGACAUCAAGUGGAUGCGUGAGGCGCUCGCCAUGGCGCAGGAGGCGCUGGAUGCCAACGAGGUUCCAGUCGGUGGCGUCUUUGUGCGCAAGGGCGAGGUGAUCGCUCGCGGACGCAACCGCACCAACGAGCUGCUCAAUGCGACUCGACACGCAGAGCUGGAAGCGAUCGACCACAUUCUGUCGAUCAUGCCGCCUUCUGCGCCCGACUUUGCUGUCGCUCCUCACGCGGGACCCGAUGGAGACAACCCUUUCAAAGACACGACGCUCUAUGUGACCAUCGAGCCGUGCAUCAUGUGCGGAGCAGCGCUGAGGCAGAUCGGAAUCGGACGUGUCGUGUUUGGCGCGGGCAACGAGCGGUUCGGAGGCAACGGAAGUGUGCUGGGAUUGCACGACGACGACGCGAUUGUGAGCUCACCCGGAUACGAAUCGGUAGGAGGCUAUCUGAGGGACGAGGCGAUCAUGAUGCUGCGCCGUUUCUACGUUACGGAGAACACCAACGCUCCCAAGCCGCAGAACAAGUCGCGCCGCGUGCUCAAGACCGAGAUCCAUCCACCGGGCGUCUCGAUGCACGGCCCUGGCACUGCCGCCACCACGACAGCAGCUUCCGAGGGCGAGCCGGUGGUGCAGAACUCGAGACGCCGAGGCUCGCAGAACCCGACUCAGGGGCAGGCUGCGCCGUCUGCCAACGUCGGAUUCCGAAACUGGCACCCGGUCCCCGCGGCGCUGCCGCGCUACGACUCGGACGGCACGUUGCUGCCCGGCCACAACGGCGGUGUGUGGGAGUGGACGAGCACGCCGUUCAUGGCCUACGAGGGCUUCCGAUCUUCGGCGCUGUACCCAGGCUACAGUUCGGACUUUUUCGAUGGCAAGCACAGCGUGGUGGUCGGCGGAAGCUUUGCUACAGCUCCGAUGGUUGCUGGUCGACGCACUGUGGUCAACUACUAUCAGACGGGCUAUCCUUACAUCUUUGGAGGAGGGAGGGUGGCGUGGGACGAGUGA